GAGUGUCUUUGUGCACGUGACUUGGAUGUUUGUGAAACCCCCGCGACACAAAGGUUAAUUAAUGCCGGAAUCGUUAUUUAAACGUCUUUAAAAGAGUUUAUCUUACUGGCAACUAGACGUCAAGUCAUUUUUUCGAAAAAAUAAAUAGAUUCCUAUGGCCAUGUAUUUGCAUCCAGCUUUCAAUCAUAUCAAUGACAUUUGAAGAGAUAUUCAUUUGGCACGGAGUUACGGAGAAGGACUACUCCUUCGCCACGGAAUGCUUCUGUUACUGGGUGAUACUUGGAGGCAUCCCCAUGGUGUAUGUUAGUGUCCUGGUAAAUAUGCAGAAGAUAUACGACAUCGUGGAAGAAAUGAACAAGGAUUUUAUUUUCGUAUGUAGCUUGAGUCCGAGGUAUCGCAAACCCUUUUUGGAAGGCCAACUCCUGAUAUGGCAGCUCUGCUACGCUUGGUUUUGCUUCGUUUGCUUCGUGAGCAGUCUCUACGUAUUAUUCCCGGUCGCUGGCUUGUGCUACCAGAGUUUAUUCGCGACACAAGACGAGAACACACAAAGGCCUCUCCAGUUCCCGAUGUGGCUGCCGAAUGACGAUCCAUAUAGAACUCCAAAUUACGAAAUGUUUUUGGUUAUCGAAUCUAUGAUGUGCUUCUGUUUCGUCCAAACUUUUUGCGUAUACAUCUACACGCUGUUCCACAUUCUGCUUCAUUACGAUACCAUUAUGAACAUGAUUAUAUUGGAUUUUGAAGUAAUAUUCGAGGGUUUGGAUGAAUCUGUGGCCUUGCUUCCAAGAUACGAUGUACGUAAAAUGGAAGUACAGCGCAUACUUAACGAGAGAAUGAAGAAAAUUGUCACGUGGCAUCUCUCCGUUUUUAAGGCUGUGAAAACUGUAUCAUCAGUCUACGGGCCUAUGUUGGUGUAUCAAGUAUCGCUGAGUUCUAUCGCCAUUUGUCUGAUAGCAUAUCAAAUCGCAGAGAAACUGGAUAGCGGAAAACUGGAUAUACUGUUUUGCCUAUUAGGAAUUGCUGCUUGUCUGCAGCUGUGGAUACCGUGCUACCUUGGAACUAUGCUUCGAAACAAGGCCUUUGCAUUGGGAGACGCGUGUUGGACCUGCGGAUGGCACGAAACAAGGCUUGGCCUGAUGGUACGGACAGACAUCGUCAUUUUUAUACUGCGAGCACAACAGCCGGUGACCAUCAAGUUCACUGGACUGCCCCAUGUUCAGUUGGAGACGUUCUCAUCUCUGAUGAGUUCGUCGUAUUCAUAUUUCAAUAUGCUGCGGCAAUACAGCAAGUAAUAUUUGACGACACUUCUCUAAUGUAUCUAUUUUAAUUCUCUUUCACUUCAAACCCUACCGUUUUAAACAAAAAAUGUUUGAUUAAAUACCACGCUUUGUUUUUAAAAUAAAUUAAAUAAGAGAUUAAUUAUUU